GGGCCAGCGCCUGUCCAAAUGGUCGUCUCCAAAAUAAAGAAACAAAUUCUUCGUGUUUUCUCUGUUCCAACGGACCCCUCCAAAGUAGAAAUUGGUGAAAUAAAAACAAAGUAAAAGUCAUCCGAUUCUCUUUUGGCUUCUCUUCGAUGGAGUUUGCUUUCUAACAAAAGCUGACUUUUUGGGAUAUUUGCAGUGUGGCUGAUCAAAGUCUCCAGCUUCUAAAAUGCAGAAUUCUGAUCAAGAAAAGCAAGAUCAAAGGAAAACUUGCAACAUGGAGGAUUCCACAAAGACCAUUGAAUUCCUUAGAGCACGUUUACUGUCUGAACGAUCUGUCUCAAAAAGUGCUAGACAGAGAGCUUAUGAACUUGUGAAAAGGGUAUCUGAACUGGAGGAACAACUAAAAAUUGUGUCUGUCCAAAGGAGGAAGGCUGAAAAGGCAACAGCAGAUGUUCUUGCCAUUUUGGAGAAUAAUGGAGUAAGUGAUAUAUCUGAGGAACUUGAUUCAAGCUCCGAUCAGGGUGCACCUUUUGAAUCCAACAUGGAUGAUGGUUCUACUAAAGAACAGGAGAGCUCUGUCAGUUCAAAAGUGAGAAGAAAAGAGUCAGAGGAACUUUCAGGUUCUGACCUUGAUUUUUCUCCAGUAUCUGGUAGAAGCUUGUCCUGGAAAGGCCGCAAGAGUGCUUCUCAUUCUCCUGAAAAGUAUAAAGAUUCACUUGUGAGAAGACGCAAUAGUUUUGCAUCUAUGGGUUUUUCAUCUCCAAAACACCGCCAAGGCAAAUCAUGCCGGCAGAUAAGACGUCGGGAAUCAAGAUUAGUAGCAGGGGAGCUUAAAUCAGACGAUGUCAAGCUUGAGCCACAAAUUAAUGGACUUGUAAACUCUUCAGAAGUUCAUACCAAUCACUCUGAAAGUGAGCCUGAUAUCUUGCCAAUGCAUUCUGAAAUUGGUGAGAAUAAAAGCUCAAUGGACAAUCUACAUUCAGAUGCCUUAAAAGAUGAAAGAAAUGUAACUGGUUGUGAUCUUGAUUUCCAUGGGUAUGAAGGAGAGAAAGACAUGGCAAAGGCACUAGAAGAUCGAGCACAACUUAUCAGCCGUUAUAAAGCAAUGGAAAGGGCCCAAAGAGAAUGGGAAGAGAAGUUCAGAGAAAAUAACAAUAGUACACCGGAUUCAUGUGAUCCUGGGAACCACUCUGAUGUCACUGAGGAAAGAGAUGAGAUCAAGACACAAGCUCAAUAUGUACCUGGGGCAGCUAGCUCAGAAGUCCAAGGGGCAGACGGAGAACACAUUUGCUUCUCUAGAGAAUUACCCCAAAGUCACUCCAAUGAUCUUGUGCCACCUUCACUGGGUGAUAUGGAUCAGUUACAGGAUCAGAGGUGUAGUAGCUCCCUUUCUCCUGAAUCUCUAAAUCCUAAAUCCCUGGGUCAAAAAUAUAUAAUUCCCAUGGCAAACGAAAAUCAUUGUCAGGAGAGUCUGCGGAGCAACCAUUCUCCUUUAGAUGUCUCCCAUCAAUUUGCACAUGCAGAUGGUUCCCUUGGGAACCCGGAAGUGCAACCCUUUUCAUCUGAUAUGGGCAGUAGUUCAAAUAGAGACCCUCCUGAAAACAAAAAUGAGCUGUAUGCAUUGGUGCCAAAUGAAACAUCUAGCAGGUUUUCUGGUGUGCUGGAUGCACUUAAACAAGCUAGGUUGUCAUUACAACAGAAAAUCAAUACAUUGCCACUGAUAGAAGGUGCAUCUGGAGGAAAAGCUAUUGAACCUCUUGUUUCUGGACGAAAAGUUGGGGAGAGGGUAGAGAUGCCUUUUGGAUGUUUUGGACUCUUGAGGGUACCAAGUGACUUUUCAAUAGAGGCCUCUAAAGUGAACUUUCUGGGUUCAGGUUCACGGUUGAGAUUGGCAAACUAUUGCCCUGAUGCAGGAGUUGCACCAACUGCUAGCAACCAUCUUCUAACCACCUCUUGUAUGAACACCCAGUCGAGUAGUUCUAUUAAUUAUCAGCCAGCUAAUAGUGAUCGAUUUUUCAGUAGCCCUUACAUGGAUACCAGAUCAAGUUUUUCUACAGUCCCAACUGCAAAUGCUUCAUCUGGUUAUAUAAAUGCUGAUCAAAUUCUCACUGGUCGAUAUGAAGAAACAGGGUCAAGAAUAACCACUCAGAAACUGAGGUUUGAUCCUUACUUGGAACCAGGCCUACCCUCUUCUAUUCUUCAGAUUUAUCCCAGUUUCCCCUCCUAUCCUGACCUAGUGCCCCGGAUGCCCACUAAAGAAGGAUUUCCUAUCUUCCGUUCAACCAGGGCAGUUGGGGUACCACCUGAUCAGUUUUCCUUUUAUGAUAACCAUUUUAGACCAGACAGCCAUAGAUUAUAGCACAUCCAUUAAGAUUCUUGUAACUUCUUCACAUUGCAUCUUGUUCAAGAACGAUACUUGUUUCACAUUGAGAUGCUGCCAUGCUGGUCUUGCCGUCCUAUCUUUGGAAGGCGAUUUCUGUAUCAUUAUCUCUUUCUGUUGUUUCUAGUAGAUAAGGGAGAUAGAGUUUGUAAAAGAGAUGCAACUGUAUUCACUAUUCAUAUACGUAUUUUUCUCAUUAAUACUAUUGUUUAGACAAAUACUUUUGUACCAAUAAUUGUGGGCCUACUCUAUAUUUGAGACAAGCGUGCCCAAUAACCCAAGUGGAUUCUUCUUCUUGUAUUGGCUUACCUGUAAAUCAUGUGAUGAGAAGAAAACAAAGGGGCCGUACUCUCUAAAUCCACUCCCAUAAUUGUAACAGUCCUGUUGCUUGGGAUAUGGAAUUUAACGCUUGAAAGUUGAACAUAAAUAACAAACGCUUGCCUUGUCAUGAACCCCAGCAAACUAACACACCCCAUGUUUAGAAUU